AUGACUACAGUUAGUGAGGCAGUAAGAAAUAGCUGGAUGCAUAUCUUCUCUUUUGACAGUGCUAUUCCAAGGAGUAACCAAAGAGAAACAAUAGGGGAGGUUUUAAAAGAGAUUAAUCGCAUAAAAGAUGAAAUGCAAACAUUGCAUCUAAGAUUUUCUGACAUUGAACAAGGGAAAUUGGAUAUAUUAUCAAUCGAAAAUGUGGAAUCGCAAUUUGAGAAGCUUAAACAACAACUUCAGUUACACACUCUUUUAAUUAGUGAGCUGAGAAAAUAUCACACUGAAAUUGAAGAUUUGAAGAAUAAGGAAGAAUACAGAGUUCAGGAGGAGAGAGAGUUGAAAAACGAGAUUAGAAAGUUAAAAAAUGAUUUUCAUUUAUUAUCUGAAACUGUAAAUAGCAGAAAUUCUAUUCAGAACUCUAAUAUUCCUAGUAUUAUCUCAAAAUUGGAAAGCUUACAGAUAGAAUUUGAUUCUUUAAAUAACAGAAUGAUUAAAAGUGAGAAAACCAAAACCGAAGUUGAAGCAUUGAAAAGAGAUGUUGAAAAUUUAUCUAUAAUGAAAAAGUCAUAUGAUGACCAGAGCUUUACAAUUAAACAAAUGAAGGAGGACAUUCAUUCAAUACAAUCGGUAAUACAUGAAGACAUUCCUCAACUGAAAAAUGAAAUUCAAAGAAAGAUGAACAAAACUAUACAAGCCACAAAUGAGCUUAAAGAAAACUUUGGGGAGCUUAAGGAUCAAUUCAAGCAGAUUACUGAAGAAAGAAGACAUGAUCACAAUGUAAUUACUCAAAUAGCAACCCAAGCGGAACAAUUAAGAAUACAGAUACAGACAAUCAAAAUGAGUCAGAAAGAUAGUUCAUCUAGUAAAAUGAGGCAAGAGGAGUUGGUGAAUCAGUGCGUCAAAAAUAUCGCAAAAUUGGCAGAAAGUGUUAAUAACCUUCAAGAAAAGAUCUCCAAUCAUCUUAUUGGAUUAUCUAUGACAAAGUCCGCCAACAGUUAUUCUGUUGUUGGGUCAAAAAGUAAUUCCCAUAUCAAAACUCCAAUCGUAAUUAAUAAAACUACCCCAAAAGGUAAUUACUAUGAGGUAGCAACUAAUGGAAGUGAAAAUUAUAAAAGAAUAGCAUGUAAGUCAAAGAACUCUCCAAGAAGUCACAAAUAUUCAAACAAUCAUUUCUCUCUUCCUGAUACUCCUUCAACACAAGCUCCUCCUAUUUUAUCAUCCAAUUCUGCAGGAAGACUUAGCUCAUUCUUUGGAAACAGAGAGCUGAGCGGGAUUGCAAGCUCAAGUAGUCUAGCUUCAAGCAACUACAUUGAAAGUAGUAAUAUUGAUAGUAUUAAUAAUAGCAGGCCAACUACAAAUAACACUUGCGAUCAGGAAGAAGAUAUUAUCGCAUCUUCAACUAUUGAAGAGGAAAGAAUUAUUAAUAAAAGGAGGGUACCAACGGACGAAUUUAUGCAAGAUUGUGGCUUAAAGCAUUCAUCAGCAAGUUUCUUGGAAAUCAAAAGCAGCGUGAAUUCUUCUGAAGAAACUAAUUGUACAUCUUCUGGGGAAAAUUUCUUAAUUGGAAACAAUCUCCUCCACCCAAGAAGUGAUUUAGUUAUGAUGUCUACAUUGACUGAGUCAAAUUCAAAAUUAUCAUCAAGUACCAACUCUCCAAAAAAGUCAGGGGAAAGAUCCAAAAUUACUAGUUGCAAUGGAAAUCAUAACACAUCUGAUUUUCUGAGUCACUUUUAA